AUGAUGAAGAACGAGGUACAUGCGGAUGCAGAGGACUACACGGAGAGUGAUGACGAGGGGGCAGAUGGCUAUCGUAAGGGUGGGUACCACCCAGUACACAUUGGCGAGAUCUACAACGGCCGCUACCAUGUCCUCGCCAAAUUGGGAUGGGGCCACUUUUCCACGGUGUGGCUGUGUCAGGACCUUCAGGUGACGCGCUACGUGGCGAUGAAGGUGCAGAAGAGCGCGCCACAUUACACGGAGGCAGCUUAUGAUGAGAUCGAGCUUUUAGCAGAGGCUGCCAAGCGGGCCAAGGACCCUGCUUGGGAGGAGUCUCAGAAGGGCACGUUGAAGCAGCUCUUUCCAGAGGCUGGCGCAGAGGGCUUCACCGGGGUGGUUCAGCUCAUCGAAGAUUACUUUGAGCACUUCGGUGUCAACGGCAAGCACGUCUGCAUGGUUUUCGAGACGAUGGGGCCAAACGUGCUGGCUCUGAUCAAGAGGUACAACUUCAAGGGAAUCCCCCUUGACAUUGUCCGCAAGGUCACAACACACACGCUGAUUGGCCUUGACUACCUGCACAGGAUCUGCGGCAUCAUCCACACGGACUUGAAGCCCGAAAACGUUCUGGUGGGCUGCCCUCGUGGCGUGCCGGUGAAUAAAACAGGCGUGCCCCUGGUUGGCAAUGUGGAUCCAGCCAUGGUGGCAGCCAAGAAGGAUACAAAGGGCAUGAGGGAUGAGCUCAAGAAGGGCAAGAGGAAGGACAAGAUGAAGAUGGACGCGGAUGACGAAGACGCAGGUGACGGUGAGGAGGCAGUGCCGCGGCCCCCUCCCGUCCUGGUGCCGGAUCCCAUGCAGAUGGCGCCGAAUGAGCCCUUGAACGAGCCACCCUACAUGAAGCCAUUCCUGAAGCCCUCGCGCUCGGAUCCCACGCUGUUGUCUUCCUAUGGCGAUGACAUGGUGGCCUUGAGUCGGCCCCUUUACAACCACAGUGCAAGCCUUCUGAAGGGCUCCGUGCCGCCGGGCGUGCCGGUGGCCCCCAUGAUGCCGCAGCCCCCCGCCGCGGCCGCUUCAGCCAGCUCUGUGGCCAAGCCUGAGAGCAUUGAUGAGAAGCUGAUCGAGGAGGUCCUUGGACUGGAUUUAUUUGACCACACCGGCGUCACUUACAAGGUGGCCGAUUUGGGCAACGCUUGCUGGGUGGAGAGGCAUUUCUCCGACGACAUCCAGACUCGACAAUACAGAUCACCUGAAACUAUCAUCAAUGCAGGCUACGACACCUCAGCUGACAUUUGGUCCUUGGCUUGCAUGGUCUUUGAGCUCGCCACCGGCGACUAUCUGUUCGACCCCAAGGCCUCUGAUGAGUAUCCGCGUGAUGAGGACCACCUCGCGCUGUUCAUUGAGCUGCUGGGCCCUAUGCCGAAAGAGCUUAUCGGCCGCGGCAGGCGCUCCAGCACCUAUUUCAACCGCCGUGGGGAGCUGCGGCACAUCAAGUCCCUCCGCUACUGGCCUCUGGCGGAAGUUCUGCUCCAGAAAUACCACAUGCAUGCCGUUGAGGCUAGGAGCCUCGCAUCCUUUUUGCUGCCCAUGCUGCAGCUUCUGCCAGAAGACAGGAUUUCGGCAAAGGCUGCAUUAGAGCACCCGUGGCUUCGAGGCGAGCCCAGUGACGACGUCACGGAGUUCGUGAACCGCAAUGCCCUGAACAUGCCCCGACUUGGCAUCGACGGCGCCUUCGGGCGUGAGGGAGGACGAGGUGGAGCGGUGAUGGGAGCAGCACCAUUCCACGAAGAGGAGCAGAGGCCUUUUGAACAGUAG